AGUUCGUAAGCAACGCUUGACAGUUGUUUUAGUGUAAAGCGUGUUGCCUACGAUUUGAACUACGCGCUCCUGAAAGCUGGCCUGAAAGAUCAUCGUAGCCAAUAACUGAAAAGGACUAAGGAAGGGUAACUUGCGUUGUGCCCACUGACAUACUUUCAUCAAAAAAUCCCGAUAAUAGCACCAAUCUAAACAAAAAUCAAAUAACCUGAAUAAAAUUAAGUGUUUUAAAAUAAUUUAGUGAACAGUCAACCAUAAAAUCGCCAUAAAAAAAUAAAACGUAUCAGAGCGGCGUCAGAACGAAAAAUAAGUCAGUUUAGAGGAAGUACCCAAGCAAGCCGUGACUGCCUCACGUGCUGACUUUUCCUCGACAGAUUCACCAAGCCUACUGCGAUAAAAUGUUCACCCUGUGGUACUCUGUACUGUCAUGGAAAGAAUACAGAGAAGUGAUCCUGGCGAAACUAUCGCAAAAGCUGCACCCCGCCAGCGCCCCCGAGCCUAAGCCGAUGCCACCCCCUCCUCCCCCUCCCCCGAAGGCAGAGCCGCCAAAGCCGCCGCAGCCGACUCCCACGCCCCCACAGUCGCUUCCCAAGCCGAUUCCACCGCCGCCCCCCAAAGCCCCACAGCCCCCCAAACUAGACCCCCCGGCCAAGCCCCCCCGGUCCCCCUCACCGCACCCUCUGCGGGCUGAGGCCUUCGAGGACAUCGAGUACGAGGAGGAGGAAGAGGAGAGCGAGGAGGACGAGGAUUCGGUGACAGUCCCCGGAAAGUCGGCCCCCUCGGUUAACGAUUUUAUAAAUGUCGAAAUCGACCAGCAGAGGCGCAAUUUUGGCCCCCAAAGGUACACCGAGCAAGUACUAAAAAAGCAAAGUGACUAACAGCUGUCUAAUUUUCGACCGUCUAGUUGUCUACUAAUAAAAUUUAUCGAAUGAAA